CCGAGGGGGCGGGCGCGCUGGGCGGGCGGUGGACCCGGGGAACGAAGGAACAUGGCUCCUACAGCCGGCAGCGUGGGGGGCUGCGCCGCUCUGGGACGCUCCGGGCGCCAGUGACCGCGAUGGUGAACUCCAGCCGCGUGCAGCCGCAGCAGCCCGGGGACGCCAGGCGCUCGCCAGCGCCGCGAGCCCCGGGCCCGGGCCGGCUGCUGGCGGGAGGCGCCGGCCUGGCAGUCCGGGGCGGUCUCCGCGAGCAGCGGGGCCUGGAGAUCGAGAUGGAGCGCAUCCGGCAGGCCACCUCGCGGGAUCCCCCGGCCGGGGCUUCGGCCUCCCCCUCGCCUCCGCUCUCGUCUUGCUCCCGCCAGGCGUGGAGCCGCGAUAACCCGGGCUUUGAGGCGGAGGAGGACGACGACGAAGAGGAGGUGGAAGGGGAAGAAGGAGGAAUGGUGGUGGAGAUGGACGUAGAGUGGCGCCCGGGCAGCCGGAGGUCGGCCUCCUCCUCGGCUGUGAGCGCCGCGGGCGCCCGCGGCCGGGGGCUGGGGAGCUACCACGGCGCGGGCCACCCGAGCGGGAGGCGGCGCCGGCGAGAGGACCAGGGCCCGCCGGGUCCCAGCCCGGCCGGCGGCGGGGACCCGCUGCAUCGCCGCCUCCCGCUGGACGGGCAGCAUCCCCGAGUGGCCUGGGCCGAGAGGCUGGUUCGCGGGCUGCGAGGUCUCUGGGGAACGAGACUCAUGGAGGAGAGCAGCACUAACCGAGAGAAAUACCUUAAGAGUGUUUUACGGGAACUGGUCACAUACCUGCUUUUUCUCAUAGUCUUGUGCAUCUUGACCUAUGGCAUGAUGAGUUCCAACGUGUACUACUACACCCGGAUGCUGUCACAGCUCUUCCUAGACACUCCAGUGUCUAAAACAGACAAAACGAACUUUAAAACUCUUUCUUCAAUGGAGGACUUCUGGAAGUUCACAGAAGGCUCCUUUCUGGAUGGCCUGUACUGGAAAGCACAGUCCAGCAACCAAACAGAGGCUGACAACCGAAGCUUCAUCUUCUAUGAGAACCUGCUGUUAGGAGUGCCACGUCUACGCCAACUCAGAGUCAGAAAUGGAUCCUGUACAAUACCUCAGGACUUAAGAGAUGAAAUUAAAGAAUGCUACGAUGUCUAUUCAGUCAGUAGUGAGGAUAGGGCUCCAUUCGGGCCACGAAAUGGGACUGCAUGGAUCUAUACGAGUGAAAAGGACUUGAAUGGGAGUAGCCACUGGGGAAUAAUUGCAACUUACAGUGGAGCUGGUUAUUAUCUGGAUUUGUCGAGAACCCGAGAGGAAACAGCUGCUCAGAUUGCUGGCCUCAGAAAAAACUUCUGGCUGGACCGAGGAACCCGAGCGACUUUCAUUGACUUUUCAGUGUACAAUGCGAACAUUAACCUGUUCUGUGUGGUCAGGUUAUUGGUUGAAUUUCCAGCAACAGGUGGUGUGGUUCCGUCUUGGCAAUUUCAGCCUGUAAAACUGAUUCACUACGUCACGACUUUUGAUUUCUUCCUGGCAGCCUGUGAGAUAAUCUUUUGUUUCUUUAUCCUUUACUAUGUGGUGGAAGAGAUACUGGAAAUUCGGAUCCACAGACUACAUUAUUUCAGGAGUUUCUGGAAUUGUCUGGAUGUUGUGAUUGUUGUGUUAUCCAUUGUGGCUGUGGUAAUUAACAUUUACCGGAUAUCAAAUGUAGAGGGGCUACCACAGUUUCUGCAAGAUCAAGAUACUUUCCCUAACUUUGAGCAUGUGGCGUACUGGCAAAUACAGUUCAACAAUAUAGCUGCUGUCUUAGUAUUUUUUGUCUGGAUUAAGCUCUUCAAAUUCAUCAAUUUUAAUAGGACCAUGAAUCAGCUCUCCACAACCAUGUCUCGAUGUGCCAAAGACCUCUUUGGCUUCGCCAUCAUGUUCUUCAUUAUCUUCCUGGCAUAUGCUCAGUUGGCAUACCUUGUCUUUGGCACGCAGGUCGAUGACUUCAGUACUUUCCAAGAAUGUAUCUUCACUCAGUUCCGCAUCAUUUUGGGUGAUAUCAACUUCACAGACAUUGAGGAAGCGAAUCGAGUUUUGGGGCCGCUUUAUUUUACCACGUUUGUGUUCUUUAUGUUCUUCAUUCUUUUGAAUAUGUUUCUUGCCAUCAUCAAUGAUACUUAUUCUGAAGUGAAAUCUGAUCUGGCCCAGCAGAAAGCCGAAAUGGAACUCUCAGAUCUUAUAAAAAAGGGCUACCAUAAAGCAUUGGUCAAACUAAAACUGAAAAAAAAUACUGUAGAUGACAUUUCAGAGAGUCUGAGGCAAGGUGGAGGCAAGUUAAACUUUGAUGAGCUUCGACAAGAUCUGAAAGGGAAGGGCCACACUGAUGCAGAAAUUGAGGCCAUAUUUACAAAGUAUGACCAGGAUGGAGACCAGGAACUUAAUGAACAUGAGCAUCAGCAGAUGAGAGACGACUUGGAGAAAGAGAGGGAGGACCUGGACUUGGAACAUAGCUCUUUACCACGUCCCUUGAGCAGCAGAAGUUUCCCCAGAAGCCUGGAUGAUUCUGAGGAGGAUGAUGACGAUGACAGUGGGCAUAGCUCCAGGAGGAGGGGAAGCAUCUCCAGUGGGGUUUCUUAUGAAGAGUUCCAAGUACUGGUGAGACGAGUUGACCGCAUGGAGCACUCCAUUGGCAGUAUUGUGUCCAAGAUUGAUGCUGUGAUUGUGAAGCUUGAAAUUAUGGAGCGAGCCAAGCUAAAGAGACGAGAGGUGCUUGGGAGACUGCUGGAUGGAGUGGCUGAGGAUGAGAGACUGGGUCGUAACACCGAGGUCCACAGGGAACAGAUGGAGCGCCUAGUGCGGGAAGAGUUGGAGCGCUGGGAAUCCGAUGAUACAGCUGCUCAGACGGACCAUGGUCUAGGAACACAUGUGGGACUCAACAGUCAGCCUCGCCCUAGAAGCUCCAGGCCCUCUUCCUCCCAGUCUGCGGAGGGCCUGGAAGGUGAAGGUGUAAAUGGAAGUGCCAGUGUCCAUGUGUAAUAAUCCGUGUGUGUUAGUGUGUGUGUUCCUGAGAGGUGAAGAGGUAGUCCCAGCAUUGCCAAGAUAAGUACAGUAUUUAUAUGCCCCGAUUAUGUAAUGAUGCUAAUUUCUGUGACCGGUUGUUAAUCUUCUGCACUUUAAUUUAUUUUACAUAAACUUUACCCCAUGGAUCAAAGAAGAUUGUUUUACUUUUUCUCAUAUAAGAAAUAGAUGUAAAUAUUGAGUUCCAGAAAAAAAUAACUUUGAAAAGUAUACUUAGAGGUACGCCCAGUUGCUGUCCAGCCUGAGUCUUCUUGGGUGACAAGAAGUAGUCAUUUAAAGCUACAAGAGAGCUCCCAACUUGCUUCUGAGAACACCUCCAAUCUCAAAAGUCAGUGUUGGCAUUUUCUGCCAAUGUGUGAAGGGAAAGUAGGGCAUUUCUUUUCACUCAGAUGUAACUCGAGAGCUCACUGCAUAGUUUUCUUCUAAGAAAGGAGUCUUUCUGGGGUGAACAUUUCUCAAAAAUGAAGUAGUAA